UUGGGAUUAGUUAUCAGGCAGAAAUCCACAUGUAAUUAACAGCUCUGACAUCAGGGGACAAGCAAAUAUAAGACACUCAGCUCUCAGAGAGGUUCCACAGACAAUCCCCUCAGGAGUUCAAGCUUGAUUUUUACCUAUGAGCCUCAGUCAGUCUCUUCACAAACGGCUGUGAACCAGAGCCUUGUCCUGCACGUUUGCUUCAAGCAGAAUGAAAGCUCAUAAACUCCUCUCUCUGGGAUACCUCUUCUUGCCCCCGCUUUUUUUUCAGCAAGCCUGGGCUCAAUUCCCGAGAGAGUGUGCCACCGUUGAAGCUUUGAAAAAUGGUGUGUGUUGCCCAGACCUGAGUCCUCUGUCUGGGCCUGGGACCGACCGCUGUGGCUCCUCCUCAGGGAGAGGCCGGUGUGAGGCAGUGACUGUAGACUCCCGACCUCACAGCCACCAUUAUCCCCACGAUGGCAGAGACGAUCGUGAGGCCUGGCCCACACGCUUCUUCAAUAGGACAUGCCACUGCAAUGGCAACUUCUCAGGGCACAACUGUGGGACUUGCAGUCCUGGAUGGAGAGGAGCUGCCUGUGACCAGAGAGUUCUCACAGUCAGGAGAAACCUUCUGGACUUAAGUACAGAGGAAAAGAACUACUUUGUCCGGGCCCUGGAUAUGGCAAAGCGCACAACUCACCCUCAGUUUGUCAUUGCCACCAGGAGGUCAGAAGAAAUAUUGGGGCCAGAUGGCGACACGCCACAAUUUGAGAAUGUUUCCAUUUAUAACUACUUUGUUUGGACACACUAUUACUCAGUGAAGAAGACCUUCCUUGGGGCAGGUCAGGAAAGCUUUGGUGAAGUGGAUUUCUCUCAUGAAGGACCAGCUUUUCUCACAUGGCACAGGUACCACCUACUGCAGCUGGAGAGAGACAUGCAGGAAAUGUUGCAGGAUCCUUCUUUCUCCCUUCCUUACUGGAAUUUUGCGACCGGGAGGAACAUCUGUGACAUUUGCACCGAUGACUUGAUGGGCUCGAGAAGCAACUUUGAUUCCAGUCUUAUCAGCCCGAACUCUGUGUUUUCUCAAUGGCGAGUGGUCUGCGAAUCUUUGGAAGAUUAUGAUACCCUGGGAACCCUUUGUAACAGCACUGAAGGUGGGCCAAUUAGGAGAAACCCAGCUGGAAAUGUGGCUAGACCAAUGGUGCAACGUCUUCCUGAACCACAGGAUGUCGCUCAGUGCUUGGAAGUUGGGUUAUUUGACACACCUCCUUUUUAUUCCAAUUCUACAAACAGUUUCCGAAACACAGUGGAAGGUUACAGUGAUCCCACGGGAAAGUAUGACCCUGCUGUUCGAAGCCUUCACAAUUUGGCUCAUCUAUUUCUGAAUGGAACAGGGGGACAAACCCAUUUAUCUCCAAAUGAUCCUAUUUUUGUCCUCCUGCAUACUUUCACCGAUGCAGUCUUUGAUGAAUGGCUGAGGAGGUACAAUGCUGAUAUAUCCACAUUUCCACUGGAAAAUGCUCCCAUUGGACAUAAUAGACAAUACAAUAUGGUGCCAUUCUGGCCUCCAAUUACCAAUGUGGAAAUGUUUGUCACUGCUCCAGACAACCUGGGAUAUACUUACGAAGUUCAAUGGCCAGGUCGGAAUUUCAGUAUUUCUGAGAUCGUUACCAUAGCAGUAGUUGCUGCGUUAUUAGUGGUUGCAGUCAUUUUUGUGGGCGCUUCUUGUCUGAUUCAUGCCAGAAGCAACAGGGAUGAAGCAAAUCAGCCUCUCCUCACUGAUCGUUAUCAACACUACGCUGCAGAAUAUGAAAAACUCCCGGAUCCUAAUCAGUCUAUGGUCUAACAAUAAAUGGCUUAUUCUCUUAGGCAUUAGUAUCACAAAACCACUAGGUUGAAAAAUAAUAGAGUGAGUUACUAACUGUAUUUUCUUUCACUCUCUUACUUUCUUCCUUAUGCAUGCACAUGUUAAAAUUUAAGCUCCAGGUAUUAUUUUCCAGAACUGAGAAGGGUCAUAGUCUUUGCAAAAGGAUCUAUUUUUCAGCUCUUUUUAAACCAGUAGGUUGCACCAACUCCACAGUAUUUAAGCAGAUAGCAUGAAGAUUUUUGUCACGUUUUAAAGGUCAACUAUAUAACAAGGUACAUAAUCUGCUGUGCUUUGUCUAUGUGUAAAGACAAAUCAUGAUUGCUGGUAAAUCCCUGAUUAAAAUACAUGAGUAGGCACUUCUACAAUGUUAAAAUGUAAAUACAUUUCCAUCCAUUGACAUUGACCAACAGACAUAAAGUAAGCCACAUCUAUUAGUUAAAAUAAAUUAUGUGGAGUUAUAAAUGGGAUCCCAAUUAACUUCUUCAAAUUGGUCUUCCCCUUUGGUCAUCAGCAUAUAUUAUUUUGUCUAAGGUUCAAGGUCACCACAAAAAUCACAGUCUUUGUCACACUUUGGAGAGGUAAAAGCUUCACUUUGUUUGAGAGACAGUUAGUAUUGCCUACAUUUGCCAUUGUGUUCUCCUCUCUCUCAAUUCACUGAGAAAGGAACUACCCUUGCAUACAUUUCACCUCUCAAUUCUUCUUCUCACAUCUUAGAGGUCCAUAAAGGUGAGAAUAUGCAGCCCAGUACUCCACAAAUAGCAUUCAAUUCAUUGUGUUUAAUUUGAAUAGCAUUCUCUUAUCAUUUAGCAGCCUUUUAUGUAAUUUCAAAAUAAAAUAAUAAAAUAUUA